UGUGACAUUGAAAAUGUCCGUUUGAUUUUCGGAAAAUGGACGAUACUUUUUCUCAAAGCACUCAACAGACUGAAGAUUAUUCCAUACCACCCCCACCAUCUUUGAAAAAGGAAUUAGCUGAAGAUGUAGACUCCUUAUUUUCGCUAGACAAAGAAGAAAGAGUGGUUACUGUUAGAUCUCCGUCAGAAUGUGAACAAGAGAGUGGAAUCGAAUAUGAACCGGAAGAUUUAGAAAAACUUAUUGAAUUCGUGAAGGAUUUCACAACGUUGUAUGAUCUGAGACCUGAAGAUUGGAAUUUCGAACAUGACAAUAUUAUAGCUGAGUUUUUCAUCAAUGUAAAUGAACCUCUGAUGACGAUCUACUUCAUACAGAAUGAACUACAAGUAACACUUGGAGUACCAGAAGCCCCCUUUCUGGACGCCACCUACUUUUACCGCAAACCUCAGCAAGUUUUCACCGUUGACAACUUCCACGACUCUAUCAACUUCGGCACCUUGGACAGCAACAUAGAAGGCUGCCUAUUGGCUGUGAUGCAAAACGUUUACGCCCCCGUAUUCUUUGCCACCACCCAUUGGCCUGACAGCGUUAAAAACGAUUUUGGGCACAAGCUGCACAUGUUCCUUGCCAAGCUGACAGACCUGCAUCACAAGCUGUUCGGUCUUACGGUUCUUUACAUACCUCACGAAAGCAUGAACCUGCAGAUAGAGGUCGCUAGUAAGGAUAAAGAGCUGGUGAAGAGGUUAGAGGGUAUUGUGGUGUAUUGGACCAAGCAGGUGAGGGUAGGCUUGCAGGAUCAAGACCAGACUACCCCUGAGGACUUGCUGGUUCCUACCGAUGAGAUUCAAUUCUGGAAGUACAGAUAUAAGAAUUUGAGAGGAUUGAAUUAUCAACUGGAGAACAAAGGGUUGAAGCAAGUCUGCGACAUACUAACAGCAGUGCAAUCGACCUACGUAAGGCAGUUUCUGGUGUUGGUGGAUGAAAUUAAACACAACGUCGAUGAAGCAAAAUCCAACAUAGAGUUCCUGCAGGUUUUGCGCGAACCCUGCAUGUUGCUGAACGAUGCUGAUGACCCAAGCAAGAUUCCCGAUUAUAUCCCAGAUAUUCUACAGUUGGUCAGGUUCAUCUGGUUGAAUAGUCCUUAUUACAACACUCCAGAUAAAAUAACUCUACUCUGUCGAGCUAUUAGCAAUCAGAUCAUCAUCCAAUGUACUGACUUCAUCAAUCUGGACUAUGUUUUUGAAGAGAAGGCCACGAAGAAGGCUAUCGAUAUGUUUAAUACUUGCAUCGACUGUCUUACUCAAUAUAUAAAACUGUAUGUGCUGAUAUCCGAGUCACAUACGAUGUUUGGCGAUAAACCUUGGAAAUUGAACACUGCUCCAAUCUUCAAUCAUGUUGAUUCUCUGAUUCAACGCUGCAAAGAUAUGAUAGAAGUCUGCGAAUCUAUGAUGACUUUCGGGAGAUUCGAUGAAACAGAAGUAUUGCCAAAACCUACGUUUGGUGGUUCCAGAGGACAAGAAUUCGAGAGUUGGGUAGAUAAGAUAGAGAUCAUGUUCAAUAACAGCUUAGCAGAGGUGGAAAAGAAACGUACAAUUAUCUUCGACGUGCAAGUGGCAGAUUGGUAUGACGAAAUUUUGAAGUUCAGGGGUAAGAUGAAGGACAUCGAGGUGGUGAUGGAAAAUUUGACCAACGCCGUCUUCGACGAGGUGGCCAACGUGGAAGAGGGAAUAGAGAGUCUGGCAGCUAUGUUCAAUUACUCCAAGAGGAAGACGCUAUACUCAUUGUUCGAAAGCAAAACCGUAUUUGUUUAUCAGAUGUUCAGGCAAGAGAUUCAAGACAUCAAACAGGAUCUUAUCGAUGAAGGUGAACAACAUCCCUCUCGUCUACCUUUUUAUGCUGGCAGGGCAAUGAUCAGUCGUAUGAAGAAGAAUCGCCUGGUUAUCAUCAAGAAGUUGUUCGACGAAGCCAAAUGGCUGAUGCCCUGCAGCUUGGCUCCUGAAAUUUUCUCCCAGUAUGAAAAAUUGGUAGCAUCAAUUGACGACAGAGUUCUGAACUUGUUCAGGAAAUGGUUGGACAGUAUAGGCGAAGGUUUGCCUGAAAGACUGAACAGAUCAUUGAUGGUGAAAAGCCCUAGCCGAUUUGGUCUUCUUGAGUGCAACAUCGAUAGGGUGCUGUUGAAGGUUUUCCACGAGGCCAAAUACUGGGAGUCUCUUGGCUACGAAAUACCAACUUACGUCAACUCUGUCUACCAGAAAUCUAAAACGAUCAGGAUUAUAUAUGAGAGUGUACUUGCCGUGGUAUUGGAUUACAAUAAGAUACUGACUUCUCUUUCUGACGAGGAGAGACUGCUCUUUAGACCGAUCAUUUCAGCUGUGGAGAAGAAAAUAUCACCAGGGUUAUCUAAGUUGACUUGGGGAGCUGACGUUGGUGAUGAAUACAUCGAAGAGUGCAGUAAUAAUACAGCUGAACUGCAAAUUUUCGUGGAUACCUACAAAACUUGCAACCUGAAAAUAGUAUCAAUCUGCGAGAAGAUCUGCGAUACGCCACUGAUAAACCUCACAUCAAAUUACGCCUUCGAGCUGGAAGAACUACAGAAAGAGCUGAACUCUUACAUGGCCAAAACUAUAGAUAAGCUUGUCGGUUACUAUGAAGAGAUAAUCGAGUAUUUGAUUGUGGUCUUCGAAGGAUUCGAGAAUCAUAUGACUGCGAUGGCGAAUCAAUGGAUCAAGUAUAUCAACAAUUUCGACAAACUGGUGGAAAAAGCGCUUAGAGUUUGCUGUAAAAAUUCUUUAGAGACUAUGUAUGAAGCGGUACAUGGUGAUGACAUCACUGGUCCAAACCCGUUGCUCAAGUUGAUAGUUAAUUUGAAAGAGAAUACGAUAUCUUUCGAUCCAGGACUGACAGAUGUAGCAGGAGUAAUUUCCAGUAUCCUUCCAACGAUGGUCGAAAAUCUAAGAUCUGUUCCUCGUCUGAACGACAAGUUUCACGUUGCUGCGACUCAAUUUACCCCAUUCUUCAUGAUUAUAGAAGAGGAUAAGGAGUGCAUGAGGCUUCAAGAACUUUUGAACGAAGAGGUUAUGAUCAACGCUGGCAACAUCCACGAGUACAUGAAGAUCUGGGAACCCUUCCGUGACUUAUGGGAGAUAGACAAGGACAAGUUCAUCCAGAAAUACGAAUCCAAGAAUCCCAACGCAGCCUCCUUCGAUGCAAACAUGGGCAGAUACACAGAGUUCGCGAACAACGUCCAAAUGCAAGAGACGGUGGUGCCAGUUCACUUCAGUCUUAUCAACUCUGACCUUUUGAAGAGGGCCAUUAUAGAACACUGCAUCAAGUGGCAGGAGAAACUUGCUGAGCUGCUGUUGAAGAUGACUGUGAAGAAAAUACAUCAUGUUCACGCCUACGUACAAGAGAACACCCUAAAGAUCAUGCAAGAGCCAAAAACCCUGAAGGAGAUGCAAGAUGCCAUACUGCUACUCAGAAAAUUGAAAUCUGAGGUUCCAGACGAGGUAGCUGUGUUUCCGACCAUAACAGAACAGAUGGAAGUUUUGGACAAAUUCAGAGUGGCAGUACCUGACGAUAUCAGGCAGUUGGAAAAGCAGAUAUCGACGACAUGGGCUGAGUACAUGGAAGCUCUGGAUGAAGCUGAGAAAAUGCUCGGAUAUUCUCAGGACACUUUCAAGAACUCUCUACUGGAAAGUGCACAAUCCCUGCGAACUGAAGCAGCUCAAAUGAUGGACGAAUUUUUGGUCAAAGGACCCUUCGGAGCUGACAUCAAUCCCAAGGACGCUUUGGCGUAUAUUGCUAAUAUGAAGGAGAUCAUAGCUAGGAUGAGGGAGAACGAAGAUCAGCUGCGUAAAGAUCUGGCCAUUUUCGGUUUGAGCCUACCAGACUGUGAGGAGCUUACCAGGCUGGAGAAGGAAAUCGCAACGUUGGAGCUGGUAUGGCAACUUGCAGACGAAUGGGAGACAGCUUGGGAGAAAUACAGAGACGGCAUCUUCUGGGAGAUUGAGACUGAAGAGAUGGAGGAAAAGGCCCAAACGCUCUUCAGAAAACUGACCCGUUUGUCCAGGGAACUCAAGGAGAAAAAUUGGGACAUAGUCGAGAGCACCCGUUUGAAGGUUGACGCCUUUAGGAGGACCCUGCCCUUGUUGUCCGAUCUGAAGAACCCGGCCAUGAGGCCCAGACAUUGGGAUAGGGUCAGGUCAGCCAUGAACAAAGAGUUCGACGAGAAUUCUCCGGAUUUCAACAUGGGAGCCAUUUUUGCUAUGGAGUUUCAUCGAUUUGCAGACGAUAUCAAUGAAAUAUCCAAUGCAGCCACCAUGGAACUGCAGAUAGAGAGGGGUUUGAUCGCCAUUGCCGAAACGUGGAAAAGUAUGGCCAUAGAAGUGAUACCUCAUAGGGAUAAGGGUCUAUACAGAAUAAAAUCCGUGGAAGAGGCCUUUUCAACUCUAGACGAAAACAUGGUGCAGCUCUCCACAAUGAAGAGUACCAGAUUCGUUGAACCAUUCCAAAAGGAAGUCGAUUUUUGGGAGAAGACACUCACGUACAUAAUAGAAACCCUAGAGAUUGCUCUCAUCGUCCAAAGACAGUACCUAUACCUCGAGAACAUUUUCUUCGGUGAAGACAUCCGUAAGCAGCUACCGAAAGAAUCUGAAGAUUUCGAGAGGAUCUCCAACGACUGGAGGGAUAUAACCAUCAACAUAUACGAGGCAGGUACAGCUCUUAAAGCAACGCACUACAAACCUCCGCCUUAUCUUUUCAACAAGCUGACUAAGAUGAACGACAAGCUAGAAUUGAUACAGAGGGCUUUAGAACGCUACUUGGAGACCAAACGUUACGUAUUUCCCAGAUUCUACUUCAUAUCCAACGAUGAUAUGUUGGAAAUACUGGGAAAUGGAAAGAAACCCGAAGCUAUACAACCACACUUGAAGAAACUGUUCGAUAACUUGACAAAAAUAAAAAUUCAAAAGAAUGUUGGAAUAAACAAACUAGAAGGUGUCAACAUGUAUUCAGACGAUGGUGAGGAGAUGGUCCUGGCGAAGAGUGUAAUUUUGGAGGGGGCAGUAGAGCUGUGGUUGGUAGACCUUGAGAAAUCGAUGAGGUUAACUCUGAAGAACGAGUUCAAGCCUUGCCGAAGUGCUCUGAAGAAGAUGUUGAGUAAGAGAGAUAAGUGGUUGAUGACUUAUUGUGGUCAACUUUGUAAUGCUUGCAGUCAGAUACAAUGGACCACUGAUUGUACUAGAGCUUUGGUGCACGCUAAAAUAAUGGAAAGUAAGAAACCUCUCAAACGUCUUAGAAGGAAACAAAACCAAGUAUUAGGCAAACUCUCCGAACUUAGUAGAAGAGAUUUAACGAAAAUUCAAAGACUGAAGACUAACGCUCUGAUCACAAUAGAGAUACACAGCCGAGAUGUUAUCGACAGAAUGUACAAAGCAAAUUGCAGGGAUACAAAUUCUUUCGAAUGGUUCUCCCAACUGAGGUUCUAUUGGGAUAGGGACGUUGAUGAUUGCGUUAUCAAACAGACCAACACGUCUUUCUGGUAUGGGUAUGAGUAUAACGGCAAUUCUGGCAGGCUUGUCAUCACUCCAUUGACCGAUAGGUGCUACAUCACGUUGACAACUGCUCUCCACCUGUAUAGAGGUGGAAGCCCCAAAGGACCUGCUGGUACCGGUAAAACGGAAACUGUUAAGGACCUUGGAAAAGCAAUGGGCAUGUGGGUGAUUGUGAACAAUUGUUCUGAAGGUUUGGACUAUAAGAGCAUGGGCAAAUGCUUCUCUGGAUUGGCUCAGACUGGAGCAUGGGGUUGCUUCGACGAAUUCAACAGGAUCAACAUUGAAGUGUUGUCUGUGGUCGCCCAGCAGAUUCUGUCGAUUUUGAGCGCCAUUGCCCAGAAGAUGAAGAGGGUUGUGUUUGAAGGUUCGGAAAUUAACCUCAAAUCGACUUGUGGAAUCUUCAUCACCAUGAAUCCAGGUUACGCUGGAAGAACUGAGCUUCCUGAUAACCUCAAGUCGAUGUUCAGACCCAUAUCAAUGAUGGUACCAGACAGUGGGAUCAUUGCCGAAAAUAUCCUGUUCAGCGACGGCUUCCAGAACACUAAAGUACUUGCUAAAAAAGUAUUCACGCUGUAUCAACUAGCAAUGAAGCAGCUGAGCAAGCAGGAUCACUACGAUUUCGGAUUGAGGUCUAUGGUGGCCUUGCUGAGGUACGCAGGAAGGAAGAGAAGGAUAUUAUCCCAUCUACCUGAAGAGCAAAUCGUUUAUUUGGCUAUGAGAGACAUGAACGUUGCCAGAUUCACAGCUGACGAUUUACCUCUCUUCAAUGGCAUCAUGUCCGAUAUCUUCCCAGGUGUAUCUAUACCUACUGUAGAUUAUAUGGACAUGAAUACGGCCAUCACCACUUUUAUGCAGAAGAACAUCCUUCAGCCAAUACCAAUUGCGAUGACAAAGGUCAUCCAGCUCUACGAGACCAAAAGCUCAAGACAUUCCGUGAUGAUCCUCGGUAAAACUGGAACUGCCAAAAGCGUAACCUGGAAAACUCUUCAGGGAGCUUUGGGCAUCUUGUGCGAUCAGAAAAAGGUCGGCUAUCAAAAAGUCCAAGUGUUUCCCCUGAAUCCGAAAGCGCUAAACUUGGGAGAACUCUACGGAGAGUACAAUUUGUCGACCAACGAAUGGCUAGAUGGCGUUAUAAGCGCAAUUAUGAGGACGACUUGUUCGGACGAUUCUCCUGACGAGAAGUGGAUCUUAUUCGAUGGUCCGGUAGAUGCCGUGUGGAUAGAGAAUAUGAACAGUGUGAUGGACGACAACAAGGUGCUCACUCUGAUAAACAGCGAUAGGAUAACUAUGCCUGAACAAGUUUCGUUGUUGUUCGAAGUGGGAGAUUUAUCUGUAGCAUCACCGGCGACUGUCAGUCGGUGUGGGAUGGUUUACAACGAUUACAAAGAUUGGGGCUGGCUUCCAUAUAUCUCAUCCUGGAUACAGAAACAGGCGCAUAGAGGAAAGAAGUUCCAAGAAUCGAUUAUGGCCCAUUUUCAUAAUUACCUAAACUAUGUCCUCGACUAUAAGAGACUGAACUGUGAAGAAACAGUGGUAUGUGCCGAGCUGAAUCUAGUCAAAUCUUUAUGCAUCCUCCUUGAGAUAUUUGCAACUAAAGAAAACGGCGUUAACCCUGCUAAUGAGGAGACUUUCGAAGAUUACUUGAAGUUGUGGUUCCUCUUUUGUCUUAUUUGGUCAGUGUGCUGUACCAUCAACGAAGCUGGCAGGAGGAAGAUGGACGUGUUCAUACGUGAAAAGGAGGGUUGUUUUCCACUGAAAGAUACCAUUUAUGAGUAUUAUGUAGAUAUCAGAAGCAGGUGUUUCGCUCCAUGGGAAGAAAAAUUGCCAUAUGCUUGGAGAUACGAUCCCAAUGCACCUUUCUUCAAGAUCAUCGUACCUACGGUGGACACGGUACGAUACGAAUUCCUGUUGGCUGCCCUGCUAGACAAUGGGUAUCCUGCCCUGGUAACAGGUCCAGUCGGAACCGGAAAGACUUCGACAGCUCAGACUGUCUUAAGCGCCAUGGACAAGGAGAAAUAUAUGAUUUGUAACAUCAACAUGUCAGCGCAGACCUCAUCGCAGAACUUGCAGGAUUUUGUGGAGAGCAAAGUGGAGAAGAGGACUAAGGGCGUGUUUGUACCGAUUGGUGGCAAGAAGAUGAUAAGUUUUCUAGACGAUCUCAACAUGCCGGCCAAGGAAACCUAUGGUUCUCAGCCUCCUUUGGAAUUGCUGAGGCAGUGGAUAGAUUAUGGGUUUUGGUACGAUCGUUUGAAACAGACGAGGAGGUAUAUUCAGAACAUGUUCAUUCUAGCAGGCAUGGGACCGCCUGGUGGCGGAAGAAACGUCAUAAGUGACAGACUUCUCAGUAGGUUCAACGUGAUAAACAUGACUUUCCCUGACGAUUCCAUCAUCCUGAGGAUCUUCGGCACCAUGCUCUCUCAGCAUAUGGCGGGGUUCGACGACGAAGUCAAGAUGGUGGGGAGAGACAUACCCGAGACUACCCUAGAUCUUUACAACAACGUUUCGGCCACAAUGCUGCCAACACCGACGAAAAUUCACUACUUAUUCAACUUGAGGGAUAUAUCUAAGAUUUUUCAGGGUCUGUUGAGGUCUCACAAGGACUACCAGAGCACCAGACAGGCCUUCUUGAGGCUGUGGAUACACGAAUGCUACAGGGUGUUCUACGAUCGGCUUAUCGACGACAAGGAUCGAGAGUGGUUUUUGGCACAGAUGAACGAACAGCUGGGUAGCCAUUUCGAGUUGACAGUCCACGCUUUGUGCCCUAAGAACGAAAUACCGUUUUACGCGGACUUCGUCAACGUCUAUCACAUUUACGAAGACCUGAUGGAUCUUCCAGCUCUAAGGAAAUACUUGGAGAAUGAAAUGGAAGAAUACAAUGUCUCUCCCGGUGUGGUGCCUUUGGAUUUGGUGCUUUUCAGAGACGCCAUCGACCAUAUUUGCAGGAUUGUUAGGGUGGUUUCCCAACCUAGGGGAAAUAUGCUUCUGGUUGGCAUAGGUGGUAGUGGAAGACAAUCACUAUCAAGAAUAGCCGCCUACUUAUGCGAGUACAACACCUUCCAAAUCAACGUCACCAGAAGCUACAAAACCCAAGAAUUCAAGGAGGACUUGAAGAAGCUGUAUAACCUAACAGGAGUCGACAACAAAGCCACUUCUUUUCUGUUCAACGAUACGCAAAUAACAGAAGAAAGUUUCCUAGAAAUUAUCAACAACAUGCUCAGCAGUGGGGAGGUGGCCAACCUGUUCAAACCUGAGGAGUACGACGAAGUGAAAAACAAGAUCUACAACGCUGCCGUCAAAGCUGGGGUGCCUCCUACUCAGGAAGGUCUGUAUAAUUUCCUCAUAGACAGGGUCAGGAGCAAUCUGCACAUCAUUUUGUGCAUGAGUCCGAUUGGGAGCGACUUCAGGAAUAGGCUGAGGCAGUAUCCCGCCUUGGUGAACUGCAGCACCAUCGAUUGGUUCACCGAGUGGCCGAAAGAGGCGCUGCUAGAGGUGGCUUAUAAAUAUGUCCUCGAUGUGAAUUUUGUACAGAAGAUCACAGGAGAAGAUAAGGGGGAAAGACGCAGAGAAUCUGUGCUGCUCUCCACUCAAGACAAGAUGCGAGUUGCAUCAGCAGAGGUAUUCUCAGUGAUACACGAUUCGGUUGCGAAGAAAUCCAAACAGAUGGCUUUGGAAAUGAAGAGAUACAACUAUGUCACACCAACGAACUAUUUGGAAUUGGUAGCUCGUUAUAAGAUAAUGUUGAAAGAGAAACGCGACGAAAUAGCAUCCUCAGCUAACAAGCUACGUAGCGGUGUCUGGAAAAUCGAAGAUUGCAGACAGAAAGUCGAGAUCAUGUCUGUAGAGCUGGAGGAUGCUCAAACGAAAGUGGCGGAGUUCCAAGUACAAUGCGACGAGUAUUUGGUCAUUAUCGUCUCUCAGAGGAAGGAAGCUGAUGAACAAGCUAAAGAAGUGGCAGUUAAGAGUGUUAAGAUCGGAGAAGAAGAGAUAGUUUGUAAGAGGUUGGCUACAGUAGCUCAGGCAGAUCUAGAUGAGGCUAUGCCUGCCCUCAACGAGGCUAUUGCAGCUCUGGACGCCCUCAGCAAGAAAGACAUCAGUGAACUGAAGUCUUACGGUAAACCUCCGGAGAAGGUGCAGAUGGUCAUGGAGGCUGUGAUGAUACUCAAAGGGCUAGACACUUCUUGGGCAGAGUCGAAACGUCAACUCGGAGACAUAAAUUUCCUCCAAAACCUGAAAGACUUCGACAAAAACCACAUUUCGGAGAAGACGUUGAAAAAAAUUGCUCAGUACACCACCAACGAAGAAUUUCAACCAGAUAAAGUUGGUAUUGUGUCUUUCGCUGCAAAGUCCCUCUGUAUGUGGGUUAUUGCAAUCGAGAAAUACGCCAAAGUUUGGAAAGUUGUCGCGCCAAAACAAGAGAAGCUGGAGACGGCCACAGCAUCUCUUUUGGAGAAGCAGAGGAUGUUGGCUGAAGCUCAAGCGAAGCUUGCUGAGUUGCAAGCUAUGUUGGCCAAACUGCAACAAGAAUAUGAGGAGAAGUUGCAGCAGAAGGAGGAGUUGAACAAAAAGGCCGAAUUGUUGAGAUUGAAGCUAGAACGUGCUGCCAUGUUGGUCGAGAAUCUAUCCGGUGAAGCUCAGAGGUGGGGAGAGUCAGUUGUUGAACUAGAUGCGGCCUAUGAACUGCUACCAGGAAAUUGUCUAUUAUCUACCGCCUUCGUUUCUUACUUGGGACCUUUUGUUACCGUCUACAGGCAGCAGCUGCUCAAAAUAUGGAUCGAUGAGAUUAUGAUGCAAGAGAUACCAUGCAGCAACGACUACAACAUAAUAAACUUCCUGGCAGACCCAACCCUUGUAAGAGAAUGGAAUGCUCAAGGUCUUCCAGCUGAUAGCUUCAGCACGGAGAAUGGUAUUAUAGUUACUAAGAGUUCUCGCUGGCCUUUGCUUAUUGACCCUCAAUGCCAAGCCAUGAAAUGGAUAAAAGCCAAAGAAGGAAAAAACGGAUUAAAGGUCAUAGACUUUGGAGUGGCAAACUUCAUGAGGGUGGUAGAAAACGCUGUACAAAUGGGCUUACCGGUCCUCCUGCAAAACAUCAUGGAGACCGUGGAUCCUUCCAUCAACCCCAUAUUAGCAAAGGCAGUAUUCAAGCAAGGCGGCAUGAAUCUCAUCAAGCUUGACGACAAGAUGGUUUCCUACAACGACAACUUCAGAUUCUUCAUCACCACUAAACUUACCAAUCCCCACUAUGCACCAGAAAUAUCAACUAAAACUAUUAUAGUCAAUUUUGCGGUGAAGGAAGAAGGGUUGGAGGCUCAGCUUUUAGGUAUCGUGGUAAGAAAAGAGAAACCACAGCUCGAAGAGCAGAAAGACAAGUUGGUAACUACAAUUGCUAAAGGAAGAAGAACUUUGGUGGAGCUUGAAAAUGAAUUGUUGAGAUUACUGAACGAGUCUAGAGGGUCCAUCCUAGAGGAUGCGGAACUUUUCCAGACCUUGCAGGUGUCGAAGGCGACAUCUUUGGCAGUCAAGAAAAGUUUGGAGGUAUCAGAAACCACCGAAGUUGAGAUAGAUGCAGCCAGAGAGGGCUAUAGACCAUGCGCAAAACGGGCUUCGAUCUUGUUCUUCGUGUUGAAUGAUAUGGGUAGGAUAGAUCCAAUGUACCAGUUCGCGUUGGACUCCUACAUUUUCCUCUUUGAGAAAUCCAUAGAUAAGAGCGAGAAGUCUACUGUUUUACCUGAAAGAAUUACGUUUUUGAAUGAUUACCAUACUUAUGCCGUGUACAAGAAUACAUGUAGAGCUCUGUUUGAAAAACACAAGUUGCUGUUUUCAUUUCACAUGUGUGUGAAAAUUCUUACAGCGGAAGGAAAAAUAGUAGAGGCUGAGUACAAUUUUCUAUUGAAGGGAGGUGUAGUAUUGGACAGAGAGAACCAAAUAGACAAGCCUGCAGCUUGGAUGCCUGAUGAAGUCUGGGAUAAUAUAACAGAGCUGGAUAAAAUAGGAGGAUUUCAUGGAGUCAUAGACACCUUUGAGCAAUACACUAGGGAUUGGCACCAAUGGUAUACCAACACUGAACCAGAAGCACUGGCUCUAAUAGGUGAAUGGAACGACAUCUGCAACGAGUUCCAAAAGAUGCUGUUCAUAAGAUCUCUAAGACAAGAUAGAACUACUUUCUGUAUCACAAACUUCAUAACAAACCAGCUAGGACCAAGGUUUGUGGAGCCUCCUGUACUCGAUAUCAGAUCGGUUUUGGAGGAGUCUAUACCUCAGACUCCUCUUAUAUUCGUACUUUCUCCUGGAGUUGACCCGACCACAGCUCUAACACAAUUAGCAGAAACGUCUAAUAUGUCCUCUAGGUUCAGUUCUCUAAGUUUGGGACAAGGACAGGCACCCAUAGCUACAAAGAUGAUCCAAACUGGAGCCAAAGAAGGUCAAUGGAUAUUUUUGGCAAAUUGUCACUUAUCCCUCUCUUGGAUGCCACGUUUGGACAAGCUGGUUGAAAACUUGCAGACUGGAAAAGUGAACAGCAAAUUCAGGCUGUGGUUGAGUUCCAGCCCUAAUCCAGAUUUCCCUAUAUCUAUACUACAAGCUGGGAUCAAGAUGACCACCGAACCUCCAAAGGGUCUGAAGGCAAACCUGAAGAGGCUCUACAAUUUGAUCACCGAAGAACAGUUUAGCGUUUGCGAGGCAAGGGAAAAGUAUAAAAAAUUGCUGUUUUCCUUAUGCUUUUUCCAUGCUGUAUUAAUUGAGAGGAAGAAGUUUCAACAGCUCGGUUGGAAUGUUGUGUACAGCUUCAACGAUUCAGAUUUCGAAGUGUCUGAAAAUUUGCUAACCAUUUAUUUGGAUGAAUAUCCUCAAACUCCCUGGGACGCUCUGAAAUAUCUCAUAGCCGGAGUGAACUAUGGAGGGCAUGUGACAGACGAUUGGGAUCGUAGAUUGUUAUUGACAUAUAUCAAUCAGUUCUUCUGUGAAGAGGCCAUCACCAUACCGUUCUAUAGAUUAUCUAACUUACCGACCUACUACAUACCAAGAGAUGGGUCGCUCCACUCUUACCAAGAUUAUAUAACGCUGUUGCCAAAUAUCGAUAGACCCGAGGCCUUUGGUCAACACCCAAACGCAGACAUAACAUCGCAGAUUAUAGAAUCCAGGAACUUGUUCGAAACUUUGAUGUCCCUUCAAAUACAAUCUUCCUCCAGUCAAGCGGAGAGCAAAGAAGACAAAGUCGGUAAACUAGCUUCCGACGUUCUGUCCAAAAUUCCUAAGGUCGUCGAUUAUGAAAACACGGAGAAACUUAUUGGAGCAGUGAAGAUGCCUUUGGAUGUUGUACUCUUGCAAGAGAUCUCAAGGUACAACACCUUGCUUCUGUCCAUCAAGAGUUCCCUGGUGGAUCUGCAGAAGGGUAUCAAGGGUUUGGUGGUGAUGUCUUCGGAAUUGGAAGAAAUAUUCACUUGUGUGUUUGAUGGCAGAGUGCCAUCAGGUUGGUUGAAAGCUUACCCGUCACUGAAGCUGCUAGGUUCUUGGACUAGGGACUUGGUAGCAAGAGUGGAGCAUUUCUCCUACUGGGCCGAAACAACACAUGCUCCCUUAUUCUUUUGGCUCGCUGCCUACACUUUUCCCACUGGAUUUUUGACUGCAGUCUUACAGACCACUGCCCGCAAGACAGAAGUUCCAAUAGAUUCACUCAGCUGGGAAUUCACCGUUCAAACUCUAGAGGAAUACCAAAUUCAAAUGGCCCCAGAGUCUGGGGUUUACGUUAGGGGUCUUUAUCUCGAAGGAGCUGGUUGGGACAAGAAACCAACAUGUCUUAUUGAACCGCAACCUAUGCAACUUGUAUGCCCCAUGCCUUUAAUUCAUUUCAAACCUGUCGAACAAACUAAGAAGAAGACAAGAGGUCUUUAUCAGUGUCCAACAUACUACUACCCUAUAAGAACAGGAAGCCAACAUCAACCCUCUUAUGUUGUUGCUGUUGACUUGAAUAGUGGAGCCGAACCUGCAGAUUUUUGGAUAAAGAGGGGUACAGCUCUACUUCUAAGUUUAGGUUCUUAGAGUGAUUACUUAGACAUAUUCGAAAAGAGUAUUUUUGUAAUGAUUAUAUUCUGUUUAUAUUAAAGUUAGAAGUUUUUUAAA